AUGGUAAAAUGUAAUGAAACUGCCAAAGAAAAUAAUAAUACUUAUUUAGACUAUCGCCUACCCAAUGAAAGCUAUCCGCUGCACUAUGAUUUAAAACUCACCACAAAUGUUCAUACUGGUGAAAAAUCCUUUAAAGGUGAAGUCACUAUAGAUAUUAUGAUUGGCGAAGCUACCACAAAAAUUUUUUUACAUGCUCGUCAUCUUCAACUUGAAAAAGUGACUAUAGUUUCUUUUGCAACGGGUGAAUCGGAAGAGUUGGAGUCUGUGUAUGAAGAUGAACGUAAUUUUUUAAUAUUAAAUCGUUCAAAGAAGGAUAUGGAAUUUUCAGCUGGUAGCCAAUGGAAAUUGUGCAUUAAUUAUAGUGGUGAAUUGGGUGUUAAUAAUAAAGGUUUCUUCUUGUCGAGUUAUAUGGAUGAGGAAGAUAAGGAACAUUUCCUUGCCGCAACACAAUUUGAAACUAUACAUGCUAGACUUGCCUUUCCCUGCUAUGAUGAACCUUCAAAGCUUGCCAAUUUUACCAUAACUAUAAAUCACAGUCCCAACUAUAUAGCCCUUUCCAAUAUGCCAGUAAAUGAAGAACUAUCAAGCCCCGGAAAAACUGUUUUCCUUACUGCACCACCUAUGGCCACGUAUUUAGUGGGCUUUAUUGUAUCCGAUUUAAAAUACACCGAAAUUAUAUCCAAUGGUUUGCCUUUUCGUUUAUAUUCCCAACCGGAUCGCCUAAUUGAACAUGAAUGGUCUUUAACUACUAGCAUACUAAUAGUGGAACAUUUAUCUAAAUACUAUGGCAUAAACUAUAUGCUGCCCAAGCUAGAUCAGAUAGCUUUACCGAAAUUUACCAUGGGUGGCAUGGAAAACUGGGGUUUAGUAACGUACCGUGAGGAAGCUAUUCUAUACAAUAAAAACACUUCAACAGUUUUCAGUCAAACCGAUAUUACUACUAUGAUAGCUCAUGAGUUGUGUCAUCAAUGGUUUGGUAACUAUGUAACGAUUCAAUGGUGGACAUAUUUGUGGUUGAAGGAAGGUAUAGCUUCAUUAUGUUCAUAUACAACUGUGGAUAAUAUUUAUCCUGAAUGGGAUAUUAUGCAAGAAUUCCAUACUAACAGUUAUCAAACGGCUUUGAUUACACAAGCCACCAAUACAUCACGACCCAUGACAUCAUACGUUCAAACGCCCCUUGAAAUAGACGGGAUUUACGAUGCUGUAUCGUAUAACAAGGCAAGUUGUGUGUUUAAUAUGUGGAGAAACGCUUUGACGGAGAAUAUUUUCAAACAAGCUCUAUACAACUAUUUAAAGGCGAACAAUUAUAGCACAGUGAAGGAGGAUCAACUUUUUAUAGCCUUUGAUACAGCUAUGUUAGAAAAAAAGGCGAAUCUAUCGGGAAAUUUUACGGAAAUUAUGCUAAACUGGUCACAUCAGGGUAAUUAUCCCUUGUUAAAUGUAAAACGAGACUAUAAAUCGGGUACCUUUAGUGUAACACAGGAAACCUUUUACGAAGACAAAAACUUUAAAGACAAUAAAACCUGGUUUAUACCUUUUAACUAUGCCACCGCUUCGAAUCGGGAUUUUAGCAAUACAAUAGCUACAGACUUCCUAUUGAAUAUUAAAGAAAUCAAAGUGGAAGAUGCUAAAAUUGCACCUGAUGACUGGUUGUUACUCAAUAAACAGUCCACUGGUUUUUAUCGCAUAAAUUAUGAUCAAGAAAAUUGGAAUCUUAUCAUAGACAGUUUAAAGCAGCAACACUAUAAUAUACACCCUAUAAAUCGGGCCCAAUUAUUACAUGAUGCCUAUUACUUAAGUGUGUCUAAUCAUUUGACUCAUGAUGUUUUCUUGAACCUGAUGACAUAUUUAAAGCAAGAGGAAGAUUAUGCCCCCUGGUCCACAGUCAACGAUAUUGUUCUUAUAUUAAAUCGUUAUUUGAGUAGUGAUGAAAACAUUGAAGAUCUUAAGUUUUUUAUAGCUCAAUUAACUGCUCCCAUUUAUGAUAAACUGGGAAUUAAGGAUAUAACCGGCGAUCAACAUUAUCAAAAGUUUACCCGCAGCUUUGUCAUUAAUAUUGCCUGUUGGGCCGGCUUAAAAGCCUGCUUGAAGGAAACCAAUGAUAAAUUGAAAGCUUAUAUAGAACAUAAUACACCCAUUGAACCCAAUUUACAGGCCGCCAUUUUUUGCAAUGGUCUUAUAUACUCCAGUGGUGAAGAAUUUAAUUUUCUUUACAACAAACUUAUGGAUUCUAAAGAUACAGUUUUGCGCUCUCUAUUAAUUUCAUCCUUAGCUUGUUCUACAAAAGAAAGUCAUAUAAAACAACUACUAGAAAGUUCCAUUGAUGAGAAAAAUAAAUUACUUAAAGAUGAACGUAAGACGCUACUCAGUCUGGUAUCCCUUCGAAGCGGAAUGGGUCUUUUGGCCUGCAUCGACUUCUUAAAUAACCACUGGCAAGCAUAUGGUAAUUUGGAUAGUGAUUACUUCAAUCUUGUGGAUAAUACUAUACGUGAAAUGUCUGCGAAUGUGAUGAAUAAAAAACAGGAAGAAAAUUUUUUGGCUUUAUUGGCUAAGGUAAUGAAUAAGAAUAUGACGUUUACUCUAGAAACAGAUGUUAAGGUUAAGAUUAAAGACAAUUAUGAUUGGCUUGAAAAUAAUCGUAAACCAUUAAUGUCAUGGUUGGAACAAUAUCAUCGAGAUAAUGGUAAUGGGCAGUGA